AAAAAAGAUGAACGCUUCUUCGGAAUAAAACCAUUGGUGUUUCCUCUUGUUUUAAAAUAUCUUAGCUUCUCUAUCAUUAUUCCAAGCCAGUAAGAAUACCCAAUACCAAAUUAAUAGCAUUUUGGAGGGAUGGGUGCUUGCAUUCUUCGGUGUUUCACUUUCUUUUCCUUCUGUCUUUUCCUCAGUUCAGGUUCAAGUGUUGCAAAGAAACCUCCUUCAGAAGCAAUCCAGCAAAACAGAUUAUUGCGCAAUCAAGAAAAUAGAAUGCUUUUCUCAUCUUCAGUGUCCAUUACACAACUGGAUACAGUUCCCAUUGUCAAUCCAACAACUCCAGGCACAACUCCUACUCCCAUUGUAAAUCCUUUUUCCCCACCAACACCAACCACGACAGAGCCAACCAUACCUCCGCCAACCCCAACCACCACAACUCCGACAUCCCCAUUCACAACCACUCCCCCAACCACCACAACUCCGACAACCCCAAUCACAACUACUCCCCCAACCACAACAACUCCGACAACCCCAACCACAACAACUCCAUCAUCAUCAGGCGGUUCUUGGUGUAUUGCAAACCCAUCUGCUUCAGAAACAGCUUUACAGGUGGCUCUUGAUUAUGCUUGUGGCUAUGGAGGUGCAGACUGUUCUGCAAUUCAACAAGGAGGAAGUUGCUACAACCCAAACACCUUGCGAGACCACGCCUCUUAUGCCUUCAAUAGCUACUACCAGAAAAAUCCAGCACCUACUAGCUGUGUAUUUGGAGGAGCAGCACAACUUUCCUCCACUGACCCAAGUACCGGAAGCUGUCACUUUGGAUCAACUGCAUCAAACUCAACAACACCCAGCAUGAGCUCACCGACUAUGCCGACCCCCCCAUCGACCCUAACCCCACCGGCCCCAACCACACCGACAAUGGGUAUACCCAGUGUACCAAUGAUAGAUGGUUCACCAACAGGAAGCCCCAACUCAGCCAGCUCAGUCUCCUACAGUGCAAUGGCGCUCUUCACCACAGCUUUCUUGGGGGCACUUGCGGCAAAUUAUCUUUAAAUGAAGGAGAUCAAGUUCAGUUAUUCACUCCAAAACAAGCUGGCAAAUUCACUGAGUCUGCCAGAGCACUUCAUGAAUUCCAAGGAGGCACUUAGAAUCGACGAUGAGAUUUUAUUUUAUCUCAAGGCCUGAUUCUCACCAUUAAAUUAUUUCUAUAAUUCACCUAUGUAUGCUUGAUAGCGGACUAAGAAGCACAGAAGAGCAGAAAACGCAGAAGAGCAAAAAUAUAUUAGGUUCUUGUACUUGUAGACUCAUAGUUACUUUCUCUACAGUGUUAGUACAAUAAAUUAUUAGACAAGUCCAUCCAGCUAUAGAACUACUUCCCAGUGAAGAAACCUGUACUUGAAAUGAGCUAGGGCAUCAAUUAAUUAUAUACCUACAUGAGUAAUAAGAACUCAAAGAUAUUUUUGGUCA